AGGAAAAUCACGAACAGCAACCGACAGAUGGCAGUUCAUUUUUGUUUACAUCGUGUCGAAGAAUCAUUGCGUACAAGUCCUUGCUGUUUCCCUCUUUAAUUCUUCAUAGUUUGGAACGUUGUGGGCAGAGUCAUCCCAUCAGCGUAGCAUGAGUGCCGCCAACAUGACAGCCGCAGACAAAGACUCCAAAAAUAUGGGUGACAAAGCCUCGCAGAGUAACCCAGCAGAACAGUACAUUCUGCUUGCUAAACAGGCCAAAGGAGCUGCUGCUGUACAACUUGUCAAGCAGGUCCUGGAGGCUCCGGAGGUUUAUGUUUUCGGGGAGCUUCUAGACAUGCCAAAUAUAACAGAUCUCAAAGACAAUCCUCAACAUGCCCCAUACUAUGAGGUGCUCCAGCUCUUUGCCUAUGGUGUUUAUGCUGAUUACAUUCGUGAAUCCUCAAAAUACCCGCCCCUGACACCUGCCAUGUUGACCAAACUGAGACAUUUGACGAUAGUCUCCAUGGCAACGGGACAGAAAAGUAUCCCUCUCCCGACUCUCGGCACUCAGCUUGGUCUGACAUCUACAAGAGAAUUAGAAGACCUCAUCAUAGAGGCAAUGUAUACAGAUAUUAUUCAUGGAAAACUGGAUCAAAAAAACGGAAUACUAGAGUUAGAUUAUGCCAUUGGUCGAGAUAUUAAGCCUGAAGAUUUACCAAAUAUUGUAGGAACUUUGCAAUCUUGGUGUGACACUUGCGACACAAUGCUGGCCAACAUUGAUCAGCUGAUUACACGAGCCAACUCAGAUAAGGAGAAACAUCUGAAGCAUCGCAACUCACUGGAAGCAGAAGUCCUGAACAUCAAGGCUUCACUGAAGACACAAGCUCAAGAGGGUGAUGAAGCUUUGGUGUCUGACUCACGUGAUCAUGAUAAGAAACGUCCAGCUAAGAAAGGGAUCCGUGCAUCAUCCUCAAAGUUUUGGCCUAAGAGUUCAUAAGUAGUGAUAAGCUCUGUUUUAUUACACCAAUAAUAAUUUAUUAUUUUGGAAUAGUAACUUUAUCCCAAGUGUUACCGAGUGUAAACCUAUAUACACCACCAAAAAUUGUGAAGAAAAAGGACAGCUAAGGAACAAUUUAUAUUGUGAAUUGAAUAAUAUUUACCUCUUUAAUAGGAAAAUGUGACUCAUAGUGUAAAUCAAUAUUGUGGUUUGAUUUCGUAUUAUUGAAUAAAUAACCUUAGAAAAAAUUAUAUCAUUUACCUCAGCUCAUUAAAAUAUGCUUUUUAAUGGUUAUUAUUAUUGAAAAGAAAAUAACAUUACUUUUACUCUUAAAGCCCUUGCAAUGUCACCCCCCCCCCAAAUAUCCAGAACUGAUGUUGCUGAAAUUUUCGUUUCAAAUUGUCAUUGAUUGUACUACUAUCAAACCGAUUGAAAAACAAAGCAUUCAGUCUUAAACAGAAUAUUUUAGAAUAUAUGUCAGAAAGGUAACAAUCUUUGAAGUAUGGAGAUGUUUCCUGACAUAAAAGUGUUACAUGAA